AUGGACCACGACUUGCACCGGGUGCGACGCGCAGCCCUGAACCCCUUCUUCAGCAAGCGUGCUAUCCAGUCCCUGGAAGGUAUGAUAGUUGAGAAAGUCAAGCGCCUCGAGAGCCGGCUGGCAGGUGCUAUUCUCGCGGCGAGGUGGUUAAUUUGA